AUGACAGCGACGUUAAGAUCGAAUAUCUACGUACAUUUUUUGGCACCUGAUUAUUUAGAUAUUAACGAUUAUUUUAAAAAAGUAGAUGCCCAAUACUGGAAGCUUAAACAUUAUAUAAACUAUCGUUUGGAGACCGAAAGUAUAAUUCCAGCCUGGACCACUGUUUAUGAAGAUUGGGUUGAUUCACUCGACAUGAUAGCAAAAACUAAUCACAAGAAAGUUCCCAGCAGUAUAAGUUCGUUUUGCAAUGAAUUAACGAAUUUCAAUACUUUUGAAGGAGAGACAAUCCUAGAGCGUUGUAAGGAAUGGUACCAUAAUUUCUACGAGCGUUACUGUGAUCUGCAACUCGCGGAGAAAGUCCAGCGUAUAGAAGAAAAAAUAUACACUUCUCAAAAAGCAAUAUAUUCGUCGCAAAAAUUAUCAGAGCUGUUACAAGGAACGACAGAUAUAAAAAAAAGGAGAUCACAGGAUGAUGACGAUGACAACAAAGCAGGCCCGUCAAAUGAAAAACGUAGUCGGCAUGAGUAUUUAUCGUGUGAGAGAGAGUAUUAUCAACGUGAACAAGACGAGCCACGAAUACUUGAGUGUUCAAUAGAGGCUGAAGAACCUCCGAUUGAGUGGGAAUUCAGUACACCAAAACCAGAUUGGCUAGAUAAAAUGACACGGGAGCAUCAAUCGUUAAUAUCUACAAUGUUUUCUAAUAAUGAUCCAAAAAUUCGACAUGAAUUGUCAUCAAAGUAA